GAAAAACGGAGCGGUCGCAGAAAGGGGACUGAAAAGGCAGAGGGGAAAGACGGACUGACUAUAGAGAGAGAGUGAACAACAAAAAUAACGAUAUGGAAAGAAUGAAUACAAGAAAUCAAACUCAAAAAGUCCAAGCCCUAGCCCAAAAUCAAAGAAGAAAUUCGAUGGAGAAAUUAAAUUUGGUGGAUACGAAUCAAUUAAUUUUAGAGAAAAUAGAAAAUCUAUCAUUAAACCUAUCUUCAAGUCUUUCUGCCAACCUGGCAAAAGAAAUGAAUAAUUUUAAAAAGGAGAUAAAACAGGAGAUAAGGUCUGAUUUGAAGGAAAUUAAACAAAUGGUCGACGGUCUUACAUUAGAGAUACAAAAAACUAAACAAAGAGUGGAUUUACUCGAGGUGAGAACCGAAAAAUUAGAAUUUGAUUAUGGUAGACUUCUAAAUAAAAGAGAGGAAGAGCAAGAUGAAAGAGCGGUCUGGGAACAGAAGCUCAGAGAGAAAUAUGUGAAAAUUAGGGGCCUACCUGAAGAGAAGGACGAGAAGUUAGAGGAGGUUUUGAUCCCAGAAAUUGCAAAAUUUUUAGAAAAGGACCCCAUUUUCUUUGAUGACGAAGUUGAUAAUAUAUAUAGAGUUAAUUCCCAAGUGGCUAAACAAAAAGGGCUUCCUCGUGACGUGGCCGUUUCUUUUGUGAGGAAACGCACCAGGGAUCUAUUUUUGAGUAAACAUAACGAGACGUCUUUUAUGUAUAAAAAUUUGGAAUUGAAAAUUCUAAAGGAUAUUCCUGGUCGUAUCCUACGGAAGAGAAGGGAAUAUAACGGUCUUACAACGUUUUUAAGAAAGGAAGGUCUGCCGUAUCGGUGGGAAGCUCCAGAAGGGGUUACAUUUUGGUGGAAUAAAAAAAGAAUAAAAGUAAGUUCCCCGGAGCAAGGCAGGAAUUUUCUGAGACGAGUUGCGGACCAAAAGAAGGAGAGAAGUAAGGAAGAGAACUCAGUAAACCAAACAGGAAGAGACGAAGUCAUGCUUCAAGAUAGAUGUGACGAAGAAGUGCCCGCUCCAUUGAACCCUGACCUCCAGGAACUGCUAGAAGAAGAAGAAGAGAGAUUGAGAAGAGAAGAAGAAGAAGAAGAAGAGGGAGAGAAAGAGCCUGAUCAAGAAUAAAGGAAAAAUUUAGUUGUGCUGGAAUUAAAAUCUAUAUUACCAUCCUAUUUCUUAAGUUUUUAGCAAUAAUAUAAUAAAUAUAGUUUUGCAUUGAUAUUUGGGACUCCGAUAUAUUGGGAAGGUACAUUGGGGGAAUGGCGGAAACUUUGAGAUUUUUGACAUGGAACGUACAGGGAAUGAAUACCCCUCAGAAGAGAAAAAAAGUCUUUCACUAUUUGCAAAAAUUAAAACUGGACAUAAUCUGUCUUCAAGAAACCAGAAUUAAGGAAAAGGAUAAAAGACAUUUAAGAUGUGUGAAAUUAGGAGAUGAAUAUAUAGCGGCAGCAAAAUCUAAAAAAAAAGGGGUGGUCAUAUACAUCAAGGAUAAAUUUAUAGCUAAAGAAAUAUAUAGUGAUAAAGAGGGACACUUUAUUAUAGUGGAAAUAAAGUACAAAGAGAAUAAAUACCUUCUCGUGGGAAUAUAUGGCCCAUUAGAGAAUAAAAAUAAAUUUUACAAAAAAGUUAAGGAAAAAAUAAUGAGUUUAGAAUCUGAAAACAUAAUCAUCUUGGGAGAUUUCAAUGGAGUAAUAAAUCCAGUGGUAGAUAGAUUUUCUGAGAAAAAGGUCAAAAUUAAUCAAGGCAAACUACCGAGAGAAUUUUUUGAAUUGAUGACAGUCCACUCCCUGGGUGAUGCAUGGAGAAUUAAAAAUGGAGAGAACAAGGACUAUACAUUCUACUCCAACCCACAUAAGACUUGGUCUAGGAUAGACACAAUUUUGGCCUCCUUGCAUUUGGUUAAAAGUAUGGGCAAGGUGAUAAUAAUUCCAAAAAUAUGGUCGGACCAUAGUCCGGUCCAAAUGGAGUUAAAAUUGGGAAA